AUGCGCAAGAUUAACAGCUUGCUCCGCAAAAACAGCCGGGAGCUCGACCGGUCGAUGAACCAGCUAAAGCCGCUCGAAAAGAAGACCGAGACCCUUAUAAAGAAGCUGGUCAAGGCUGGCGACGUCAAGCUGGCCCGGUUAUACGCCCGCGAGCUCAUCAACAUCCGUCGACAGUACACUAAGCUCCACACGCUGAAGGCCCGGUUAGAGCUGGUGACGAUGGCGGUGAAUGAGCAAUUCCAGAUGGUGAAGUUGACCCAGCUGAUGGGGCUGCUGACGAUGAUCAUGAAGGAUGUCAACCAGCUUGUCCACGUGGGUGCAAUCUCGCAAACUAUGCAAGAACUUCAGAAAGAGUUGUGUAAAGCAGGCAUUAUCAAUGAGAUGAUGGACGAUAUGGUUGACUUAGAGAUUGAGGACGAUGAGUUGGAAGGCGAAUCCAACGAUGAAGUGAAUAAGAUCAUCGCUGCCUUGACGGAAGACAAGCUCAACCUGAUCGACACCGAAGUGCCUCAGUUCGCCGCCGAAGAGCCGGUGGUGGACGAUGUGAUUGCUGAAGACGACCACCACGAGCUCGACGAGAUGCGUGACCGGUUGAAGGCGUUGAAUGGUUGA